AUGUCGCGGCUCUCGAUGGCGACGCUGCUCCUGCUCUCCCUUGCGCUGGCGACGGCCCCGCGCCUCGCCGUCGUGGAGGCGGUCGUCGUGGAAGGCCUGAGGGUGGGGUUCUACAACAGGACGUGCCCGGACGCCGAGCAGGUGGUCCGCGACGUGGUGAUGAACGACUACGCCAUGGACCACACCAUCGCCCCGGGCCUCAUCCGCAUCUUCUUCCACGACUGCUUCAUCACGGGGUGCGACGCGUCCAUCCUGCUGGACGAGUCCCCGUCGGGCGACAUCCCGGAGAAGGAGUCGUCGGCGAACGGGUUCACCCUGCACGGCCUGCAGACGAUCGACGUGGCCAAGGCGAGCAUCGAGGCCAUGUGCCCGCGCACGGUGUCGUGCUCCGACAUCCUGUCGUUCGCGGCGCGCGACGCGGCGGUGGCGGCGGGGCUGCCGAGCUACGAGGUGGCCGGCGGGCGGCGCGACGGCACGCACUCCCGGAUGGACGACCUGCCGGGCAACUUCCCGGUGCCGGGGCACACGGUGCCGCGGCUGACGGAGCUGUUCGCGAGCCGGGGCCUGUCGCAGGAGGACCUGGUGACGCUCUCCGGGGCGCACUCCAUCGGGGGCGCGCACUGCUUCAUGUUCUCCAACCGCAUCUACGGCUUCUCCAAGACGGCGGACAUCGAUCCGUCGCUGGAUCCGGCGUUCGCGCAGCGGCUGCGGAAGAUGUGCCCGCGGCCCAGGCCGGACGACAACCCGCAGCAGGCGCCCAAGGUGAACUUCGACGAGCGCACCGGGGAGAAGCUGGACAACGCCUACUACCAGGAGCUGCUGGCGCGGCGGAGCCUGCUGACCUCGGACAACACGCUGGCGCUGGACCCGCAGACGAGGCCGCUGGUGGAGCAGUACGCCAAGGACGACGCGCUGUUCCAGCAGAGGUUCGGGGAGGCGAUGCAGAAGGUGAGCGCGCUGGACGUGAUCAUCAAGAAGAACAAGGGGCAGAUCAGGCGGGACUGCCGGAUGGUGAACAAGGCCAGGGGGGUACGCUGGAUGCCCAUCCACUUUCUCAAGCCCCCCAAGCACCCCAUGCUCCAGAUGAUCAACUGGUUCAUCCGUGGCUUCCAGCAGAACUAA